UCCUCUGCAUCUGCACACAUAUGUACAUUACGACUAUCAUUUACUUCAUGUCACAUCACUUGAAAUCUAUUUCGAACCAUUUUAAAGUUGGUUAAGUUCAUCUUGCUCUAAUACGCUGUGAACCAAGUGAUUUUACCACAAUACAGUAGUUGUCACGUGUAAAAGUACAAAUAUAUCUAAUCGUAGGGUUUGUGAGCAACUAACCUCACCAAUGACCGCCGUGACAUUGGCAGUAACGUCUCAAGAACACAAACAGGACAAAUACAACUUUAUAAUCCGAUUUAAACUGUUUCAGGUAUAUUCAUGUACAUAUGCAUAGGAAGCCAAUUUUUUCAUGAAGAACUAGCUCAAACUGGAGAUUCCCAACAACACCUCGGCCCGGGACGAGCGAGAAGCCAAAUUGUGUUUUACUUUUAUCCACGUUUAUCGUUGAGGAUUCUAUAAUUCUUAUUCCACUGGAUCACGUACGCACGGUGCAUCCGCAUUCGGGCAUAUUACUACAUCAGAAGAUAGAAAAGGAAAAUGUCGAAUAAUAAUAAUACCAGCACGAGCACAACCAUUCCUCCAGUUACUCCAGACACAGCUGUAGAACAACCACAACAGAGUCCCAGCAGUAAGGAUACUGUUGCACAUCAGGUGUUGAAAUCUGCGCCUGGACUUGAACACGUCUUUUACGCCGAGGAGGGGAGUCGACCCAGGUGCAACACUUUAGAAAUUCAUCCAGACGAGGCGACAGGGAGAAAAAGCCCCGUUGUUGGUGGGAGGAUCAGGACGACCAGUUGCAACGUCGCAGGACUGCAAAGUCCCACUAAUAUGACCGGCUUGAAAUCUCAUGAUGGGGGAAGAGCCAUGACCCAUUGGAGCUGCAAGGGCAAGGGUCUAGCUGUCUUUACGUCCGGAGGCGAUUCACAAGGUAUGAACGCUGCUGUCCGAGCUGUGAUUCGUGUUGGAAUUUACCUUGGAUGCAGAGUUUACUUUAUUCGUGAGGGUUAUCAGGGAAUGGUAGAUGGAGAAAAGUAUAUCCAAGAGGCGACCUGGGGCUCGGUGUCUUCGAUUAUUCACAAGGGAGGGACGAUUAUCGGAUCCGCACGUUGCAAAGAUUUUCGGGAAAGGGCUGGGCGUUUAAAGGCCGCAAAGAAUUUAGUGAAUGUGGGAAUCACAAACUUGGUGGUUAUCGGCGGGGACGGGUCUCUUACUGGGGCAAAUCUUUUCCGUCAAGAGUGGGGUUCAUUACUUGCGGAAUUGGUUGAAACGAAGCAAAUCACUCAAGAGCAGAAAGAAACGUGCAAACACUUGCAUAUUGUGGGGAUGGUCGGUUCAAUUGACAAUGAUUUUUGCGGAACGGACAUGACUAUUGGAACGGAUUCUGCUUUGCACAGAAUCAUAGACUGUGUCGAUGCUAUUGUGUCAACGGCGAUGAGUCACCAACGAACGUUUAUUUUGGAAGUUAUGGGCCGUCACUGUGGUUAUCUUGGUCUGGUCGGUGCAUUGGCAACGGAAGCCGAUUUCGUGUUUAUACCCGAAUGGCCCCCAGAAAAAGACUGGCCGACAAAACUCUGCACGAAACUUACCCAGGAAAGAGAGCAAGGGCAGCGACUGAACAUUAUAAUUGUAGCAGAAGGGGCAGUAGAUCGCGAAGGAAAGGCAAUCACAGCAGAAGAUGUCAGGAAAGUGGUAGUCGACAGACUCAACCAAGAUGCAAGAAUAACAGUUUUGGGCCAUGUUCAGAGAGGAGGGUCUCCAUCCGGAUUUGACCGCGUUCUUGGAUGUCGUAUGGGUGCUGAGGCUGUAAUGGCAUUAAUGGAUGCAACCCCUGAGUCUGAACCUUGCGUUGUAUCACUAGACGGAAAUCAAGCUGUCAGAGUCCCCCUGAUGGCUUGUGUUGAAAAGACACAGGAAGUCGCGAAAGCAAUGGCUGACAAACAAUGGGAAAAGGCUGUGCAGCUUAGGGGAAGGAGUUUUCAAAGAAAUCUAGAAACAUUUAAGAUGUUGACUCGCUUACGUCCACCAAAAGGUGUACUGGAUGCUGAAGGACAUGGCGUGGGACAAUUAAACAAGGGUGGAUUUACGUUGGCUGUAAUGCACGUGGGUGCACCAUGCUGUGGCAUGAACUCGGCCGUGAGAUCCUUUGUGAGAAAUUGCAUAUACAGAGGAGAUACAGUUCUCGGAAUUCAUGAUGGGGUUAUGGGGCUUGUGGAAGGAAGAAUAAAAGAAAUGCAUUGGAGUGAUGUUACUGGGUGGGUAGCUCAAGGUGGUGCUCUACUUGGAACUAAUCGGACCCUUCCAAAACCCGAAACUAUUCCCUUAAUUGCUGAGCAGUUGAAGAAGAAUAAGAUUAAUGGCCUUCUAAUUAUUGGGGGAUUUGAAGCCUUUCAGACAAUUCUCUCGUUUGCUGAAAGUCGGGGCUUGUUCCCAGCCUUUCAGAUCCCAAUUGCAUGCAUACCAGCAACUAUCAGUAAUAAUGUCCCUGGAACGGACUUCUCACUAGGAUGUGAUACAGCUCUUAAUGAGAUUACGGAGAUUUGUGACAGAAUAAGACAAUCAGCUCAAGGAACAAAGCGGAGAGUCUUCAUUAUUGAAACGAUGGGUGGGUACUGUGGAUAUCUUGCCACUUUAGCUGGACUUGCCGGGGGAGCCGAUGCUGCUUAUAUUUUUGAAGAACCGGCUAGAAUCGACGAUCUAGUUAUCGACGUGAAGCAUAUGGCCAGCAAAAUGGACACUGGUGGAAUUUCUAGAGGCCUAAUUUUAAGAAAUGAGUUGGCCAACGAAAACUACGAUACCAAUUUUGUCACUCGUCUUUACUCUGAGGAAGGAAGGGACUAUUUUACAACCAGAGUGAAUAUUUUAGGUCAUAUGCAGCAAGGAGGAUCGCCAACCCCGUUUGACCGCAACAUGGGAACCAAGAUGGCAGCUAAAGUUGUUGAUUGGUUUAUUGAUAAAUUGAUGGGAGGAGAUAAAAACUACCAUGGGCCCCACACUGCUGUAAUGCUAGGAGUCGUUCGUCGUCAAUAUAAGUUUACACCGGUCCAAGAAUUAAAAUUAUAUACAGACUUUCAGCAUCGAAUUCCGCAACAACAAUGGUGGCUUAAACUUAGACCGUUGCUCAGAAUUUUAGCCAAGCACGAGUCCACUUAUAUCGAAGAGGGUAUGACGAUGACAACAGAAGAUCAUAUAGCAAAUAUUGAAGCUAUCGCAUAGAUGAUCCGCCGAGAAUGUCAAUGUUGGUGAGCUCUGUCCCAUAUUCAAGUUUUAAUAUUUUUCUUGGGAUAUUUGAAUCACAAAGCCAUAGUCUUGCAUCAUAGAAAUAGUGGAGGACAUAAAUACAUAAUUCUAUUCCUACAUUAUAUUAUAUAUAUAGAACCAGGCAUAGUAAAAUUCGUUGGAAUAUAAUUAUGGGAAUAUCUAUAGUGUGGAUUGAUUGUGGAAAAUUGGCAUCAUGUAGUUAGAUUGAUUCCAAGUUAUUCAUGGAGCGAUUUCACAAAUUAAUUGUUCUAAAUAUGUCCAUGUUUUAAAAUGCAAAUAAAUAUGUAUGAAAUUAAUAACUUUAAAAGUCAA